AUGGUUGCGGCGGCGACCCCGAUCCCGGCACGGUCCCCGAUUCCCGGCGCGAUCCCGCCGGUGCCUUCGCCGCCUCCCGCCGGCCCGGGCCAAUGCGGCGACGGGGCGGGGCGGCCAGGGGCGGGGCGACGCUGUCGCCGUGGCAACGCCGUCGCCAAGGUGAUGGAGGGAGCGCCUUAUUAUCACUUCAAACACCGCGGCACCAGGCAGAAAGCCUUAAGCAGACACUGGGGCUGGCACAUGCGCCUGACAAAAGAGCCCAAGGUCCUCUGGUUUGAGCAGCAAACCGUAAAGAGGCGCACGAAGAGAAGCGUCGGCGUGGUGCCAACAGAUCCCUGGUUCCACAAACAGUGGUACAUGAACAAUGACAUCAGUCCCGACCUAAACAUCCUCACCGCGUGGAGCAAAGGGUACACCGGGCUGGGGGUCGUGCUGACCAUCCUGGACGACGGGAUCGAGAAGGACCAUCCCGACCUGUCUGCCAACUACGACCCCCUGGCAAGUUACGACUUCAACAGCGACGACCCUGACCCCCAGCCUAGGUACACCGCCGGCGACGAGAACCGGCACGGGACACGCUGUGCGGGAGAAGUGGUGGCUGCUGCCAACAACCAAAUCUGCGGAGCAGGCGUCGCGUACAACGCCAAAGUCGGAGGCGUGCGGAUGCUGGACGGUCUCAUCACAGACAUGGUGGAGGCUCAGUCCCUCAGCCUGCGUCCCCAGCACAUCCACAUCUACAGCGCCAGCUGGGGCCCCCAGGAUAACGGGAAGACCGUGGACGGGCCAGGCGUGCUGGCCGCAGAGGCAUUCUACAGAGGGGUCACCAAAGGACGGGGUGGCCUCGGCUCCAUCUUCAUCUGGGCCUCUGGCAACGGUGGGAUCAACUAUGACAACUGCAACUGCGACGGGUACGCCAACAGCAUCUACACCCUGUCGGUGGGCAGUGUUCUGGCGGGCGGCCAGAAGCCCUGGUACAGCGAGAGCUGCUCCGCCAUCCUCACCACCACCUACGGCAGCAGGACCAUGAGCGAAAUACAGAUAGUGACCACCGACCUGCGCCACCGCUGCACCGACAAGCACACGGGCACCUCCGCCUCGGCCCCGCUGGCCGCGGGAAUGAUCGCCCUCGCGCUGGAGGCCAACCCGGCACUGACCUGGCGUGACCUGCAGCAUCUUGUCGUCAGGACCUCCAAGCCCGCUCACCUGCAGGCAGAAGACUGGGCUGUGAACGGCAUCGGACGCAAGGUGAGCCACCACUACGGCUAUGGGCUCCUGGACGCUGGUCUGCUGGUGGAGAUGGCCAAGGCGUGGACGGGAACCCGGCCUCAGCAGAGGUGUUCGGUCAAGGCUCUUCAUGCCCCCCGGAACAUCGGCUCCAAGCUCACCAUCUCCACGGAUGUCUCCUCCUGCUCGGGGAGGACCAAGCGCAUCCGCUCGCUGGAGCACGUCCAGGUCCAGCUCUCUCUGAGCUACAGCCGCAGGGGGGACCUGGUGAUCGCUCUGACCAGCCCAAUGGGGACCAUGUCCACACUGGUGACCGUGCGCCCGUUUGACACCAGCCAGCAGGGCUACAGGGACUGGACCUUCAUGUCCACACACUUCUGGGACGAGAACCCCAACGGGACCUGGACGCUCCAUCUGGAGAACAAGGGCGAUGCCUAUAACACAGGUCUGCUGACCAGCGUCACCCUGCACCUCCACGGCACAGACGAGGACAUGACGGCCAGGCGCUUUGCACCCUCUGCCGUGGACGAGUGCAUCAGGCGGGAUGCGCAGGGAGCGUGCGAGGGUGAGCCUUGGGGCAGGAGGGGACGGUGCUCUCGACCCCGGGUGGCCCACCUGCAGCCUGGCUCACGCCGCCGUCCCUCCGCAGAAUGCAGCGGCUCUUUGUACGCCCACCAGCGCUCCUGCCUGUCCUACUGCCCUCCGCGCUACUACGGCCGUACCCAGAGAGCCACCGCCACCAGGAAUGCGGUCCGCGUCUGUGCCAGCUGCCACCCCUCCUGCUACACGUGCCAGGGCGCUUCGGCCAACAACUGCACGGCCUGUCCCCCCACUCGCACCUUUGAUAAGCUCACCCAUUCCUGCUCCCCUCCGCAGGGCUUCCCCCGCAAGAUGGGGCUGCAGAGGGAGCUUCUCCCUCUCCUCCUCUGCGGGAUCCUGAUCUUCUUCUCAGCCCUCCUCUGGAUCACAUACCGCGUGGCCUUUUGCAUCGUGAGAGGUAGCUCCUGCUGUCCCCAAGAUGGAAGGACAGCGUGACACCAGCCCGGGCUGCACAGACACGCAGGCAGCUGGAUCCCAGCCUGGGACAGAGCUGC